GGGCCGCGUCCCCGCGCUGUCCCCGCGCUGUCCCCGCGCUGUCCCCGCCAUGUCGCGGCGGGCGGUGCGGGUGCUGCGGCUGGGCGCGGUGCCGUACGCCGAGGCGCUGCGGGCGCAGGAGCGCUGCGUGGCGGCGGCGCGGGCGGCGCGGGGCCCGGCGGCGGGCCGGGGCGGCGCGGAGGCGCUGCCGGCCGAGAGCGUGGUGCUGAGCGAGCCGGCGCAGCCCGUGUACGCCUGGGGGCUGCGGGGCGCGCCGGGCGCGGCGGCGGCCGCGGCGCUGCGGGCGCGGGGCGCGGCGCUGGUGGCGGCGCGGCGCGGCGGCCACAUCACCUUCCACGGCCCCGGGCAGCUGCUCGCCUUCCCCGUGCUCGACCUGCGCCGCCGCCGGCUCCCGCUCCGCGCCUACGUGGCCGGGCUGGAGGCGCUGGUGCUGCGGCUGUGCCGCCGCCUGGGGCUGGGCGCGGCCCGCGCCCUGCCGCCGCCCUUCACCGGGGUCUGGAUGGGCGACAGCAAGCUCUGCGCCAUCGGUGUGCACUGCGGGAACCACAUCACCUCGCACGGGCUGGCGCUGAACUGCUGCACCGACCUCUCCUGGUUCGAGCACAUCGUCCCCUGCGGGCUGGAGGGCAAGGGCGUCACCUCGCUCAGCCGCGAGCUGGGCCAGCACGUCGCCGUCAGCCAGGUCCUCGAGCCCUUCCUCGACUCCUUCCAGGAGGUGUUUGACUGCACUUUGGUCUCUUCAGAGGACCCUGGGGAUUAGGAUUGUCCUGGUGCCUUGGCCGGGUGUUUUGGCAGAGCCACGGCGCAGCCGGCUUUGUUUGGGGCCUCUGUUGUGAGAUAACUGCUUGUGCCUUGGCCUGUGGACUGUGAGUGGGCCGUGGCACGGGGUUUCAGGCUGCUGCUCGACCAUCCAAACCUCCACUGGGGCUGUCCUCUCCAGCCCUGUGAGUCUCCAUCCCUCGGCUGAGACCUCCAUGGGUACUGCUUGCUGGGGAAGUACCCAAACAGGUGCUUUUGUGGGGUUUUUUUCUGCUUUUUGCCCCACAAAAAUUAAAGGUUUGUGUGAAUGCUCAUGAAUUCACGUGAAUUCUCAUGAAUUCAUGUGGGUCGAGCAUCCUUCCCUUGCUGACGGGUAAAGAGAGGCAGAUUUUAUAUAUAAAGAGAGUUGCUGGGAACUUUG